CCCAAAACUAAAAACCAAAAGGAAAAAAAAAAGCCAUGGCGGAGAGCUUGAAGAGAGAUGGCGAGAUUCCAUGGCGAGUGCUCGAGUUCUACAGCGGCAUCGGUGGAAUGAGGUAUUCGUUAACGGCUGCCGGCGUCGCUGCCGAUGUCAUAGACGCGUUUGACAUCAACGAUGUCGCUAAUGAUGUUUAUCAGCACAAUUUCGCCCAUCGUCCAUAUCAGGGAAACAUUCAGAGCCUCACUGCUGCUGAUCUUGAUCGGUACAAGGCAGAUGCAUGGCUUCUUUCUCCUCCUUGCCAGCCUUAUACUCGACAAGGCCUCCAGAAACACUCUGGUGAUGCUCGAGCAUUCUCGUUUAUCAAGAUUCUUGAGCUUAUACAACAUUCGUCCAGACCUCCCCUUAUGUUGUUUGUUGAGAAUGUCGUUGGAUUUGAGACUUCAGAUACUCAUAUGGAAAUGGUUGAGACAUUAACUAAAUCAGGUUACGCCCUACAGGAGUUUAUUUUGAGCCCGUUGCAGUUCUGUGUGCCGUAUUCAAGGCCACGUUAUUUUUGUUUGGCCAAAAGAAAGCCUUUGUCGUUUCGGUGUGAACUGUAUAAUAGCCAGCUACUCUGGUCCCCAGGCCCCUUACUUGGGCAUGAUGAUGAGGCGGUGGUCAAUGAACAGAGUCAAUCAGAAGAGGGAUGGGAAAAGUUACUUCAGUAUUGCGAGCCCAUAGAGAAUUUUCUUGAAUUCAAGAGCUCUGCAGUGCAAGGAGACAUGGAACCAAGUUCUCCAAAUACUUCUAACGAUUUCCCCAAGGAUUAUAAUAGAGAAGAAAAUGAAGCUGUCCCAGAUUUUGUUCAACAGUAUCUUGUACCAUUAAGUUUGGUAGAGAGGUGGGGAAGCGCAAUGGACAUUGUCUACCCUGAUUCAAAGAGAUGCUGUUGUUUCACAAAGAGUUAUUAUCGGUAUGUGAAAGGCACUGGGUCACUCUUGGCAACGGUUCAGCCAAAGAUAAAGGGGAAAACAUCGAUGAAGGAGCAACGUCUUAGAUACUUCACCCCUAGAGAGGUAGCUAACCUUCACUCCUUCCCAGAGGAUUUCGAGUUCCCGAAGCAAAUAAGCCUUCGACAAAGAUAUGCUUUGCUUGGGAACAGUUUAAGCGUAGCUGUCGUGGCUCCUUUGCUCCGGUAUCUAUUCAGCUCUCCAUCUUGAACUCGGAGGAGCUGGCAUCAUGUAACCUUAGUACUCUCUUCUUUCUGUAGCUUUGUCGGGGAAAAUAGAAAAGAACUGACAACACACUAGGAGUGAUAGACAAAAAUCUGUAUCUGUUGUGUAAUUUUAGGGCAGUCAAAUAUGAAGGAUGAGACUGUUUAUUGCAGGGGGAAUGGCAUAGGUUAGAACCUUUGCUGAA